AUGUUGGGACAGAUAAAAGCAAACGUAAAUAAGAAAGUGAAUAAAGUGGUUGCAAGUAAAUCAACGACAGCUCCACCAGCACCACCACCAAAUACACCGAUAAGGCAUCGGAGAAGAAAAGGAAAAAAUGGAAAAAAGGAAAAAGGGGCGGAGCGAAGUCCGGAGAAACCUGGAAUUGGGAUGAAAAAAGAAGAUAGUUCGAGUGUCAGUGAAGAUGAAGCAAGUUCCAAGAAAAUGAAGAAGAAAAGUGUUAUUGGAUGGAUUGGAGGAAGUGUUGAUAAAGUUGUUAAUCUGUUUGAUAGGGAUAAACAUCCUCCUGGACAAAUAGUUGAUAACAAGCCCGAUCCGAAAUACAGUGCUCAAAAGAUUCUACAAUCGGAGAGACCUGAUUUAUUCGUUGGAAAUAAUACAGCUGAUUUGUCUCAUGACGAGGUUCAAUUACUCGAUGAACACUUGUUAAGAAAGGGAGAAUUGAGAACUGAUAGCUCUUUUAAAUUGGGUAAAGUUGUGGAUAUCGAUAGCAAGAUUAAAGUCGGAAGUGGAGAUGAAAUGGAUGUGAUGUGCUUAUAUGCUUAUGGAAGGUUUGGUGCAGUUUAUAUGGUUCUGAAAGAGACAGAUAGUGAACAAGAACGACGUGGAAUCUCCAACUGUUUUGCACUCAAAACAUCCCGUCGAAUGUAUGCAUCUUCUCGAAUCAACCACGAAAUUCGAAUCGUCAACUCAAUUUAUUCGAAUGCAAAAAAAUACGGAAAUCCAACUCAUAUCACUCCUAUCUUUUUUCAUGGACAAUCAGGCGGAACUCCCUAUUUAAUGAUGCCAAUGCUCGAUUCUUCUCUUGAAAAAAUUCGUCAAGAAAUCGGAUACAAACUUCCAUGGUCUGAUGCAUUUUUUAUUGGACAAGAAGCGCUGGUUGGAAUUAAAGAAUGCCAUAUGCAUUCGAUUGUUCAUCGAGAUAUCAAACCAAUGAAUCUUCUACUCGGUGUACAAAAUAACAAAAUUUGGUGGUUGUGUGAUUUUGGAGAUGCAUGUCACAUUGGAACCAAUCAGUGUUUGAGUCCUCCUGAUUCUCUUACUCUUCCAUUUUUAUCUCGUGAUGCUCAUCGUGGAAUUGGUCAAAAGAUACCUGCUAGUAUUCGAAUGGAUUUCGAGAGCUGGUUUUACAUGCUUUUAGAUCUAUUUAUUGCCCUUCCCUGGAAACUAUACAUCGAAGAGGCGGAUACACUGGCAGCUAAAAACGCAUUCUGGGCUUCAAUUGAUUCAUUUUUUGCGAAAAACGAAGAGAAAAUUCCUGAUCAGUUGAUUGGUAUAGCCAAACUUGUUGCUGGAAAUUUGAAUGAAUCCUCUCAUUCAACAAUUUCGGCUUUUCUGAAAGAAGGAUUCCACAAAUCUCUAGAAGAUUCUCCAUGGAAACCAAGUUGGACCACAAAAAGAAAACCACGACAGUUGAUUCCGAAUAAGAAGAUUAAGAAAAAGGAUGGAGCAUCGAAGAAGUCAAAGAGAGGAAAGAAGGCGAAAAAAGGAUUGUUUUGA